AGCGCAUCUUAAGGUCAAGGAUGUCAAGUUCCGGAUUACGUCAUUUGCUAUUGGUCAAUUUUCUAUCAUCAACCACACUUCCUGAAAGGACAUGAAGUUUAAUAGAACCCCCAUGGCCAGCUCAGUUUAAUAUCCUGCCAACCGAAACAAAAAUGUUCGGUUUACCCUGGGCAAAUAAAAUAAUUACGGUCAGAUCUAACUCCGAAGCCAUGCCGUAAAUAAAAUGUGGGCGAUGGCACCAUGCAAUACGCCACCCGCACUGCUCGGUGGCAUGGCGCGGUGGUGGUGCUAAGGUCCGUGCAGACCUGUGGACAGCUCGGCUGGAAGAUCCGGAACUGGGAUGGGAUUGGCUACAUAUCAGAUAUCACUGUGGACGACCUAUGUUAUAGAGCAGGGAGACGACUAUUGAAAUAGAGCAUCGGGGAUACGGAAUAAUCAUAAACACGAUAAUGUCUGACCCAUUGUCAUGUACAGUUAUAAAGCCAAAAGCCAGAGUCGGAAAAUCCUGUGAUAUUACAAGGUUAUUAGCCAGUCACAAUUGCAUAGUAAAGUGGAAAAAAAUAAAAAAAUAUGGUUUGCAGAGUCCACUCCGAAAUCUGGGGAUGAAAAUUUUCGGUGACUGGGAUCCUCAGUUAUACCGAUAGAUAAAAACCCCAUCUUUUUUGGGGGGAACAGACAAGGGAUGGGCCUCGGAAUAAUCUCCCAAGUAUAUAUAUUCCAGUCCGAGGCCGCCAGUUUUGAGGAGGUGCCCAUUAAUAUAGUGUCAAAAGUUCCAGUUAGGGAUCCUACUAAACAACCGGGGGCGGCACACGACCGCACUCUUGCUCCGAUCUGUUAAAAAUCUGAUUGGCUUAAAUGCCGUUUCCUUAAGCUACAGAAAAUUUUAUAUAAAUACGUGAGUUUUUCCCUACCAGGUACCCGAUUUUUUUCUGUAAUCAUCACUAAAUAUGUCAUUGGUUAACUCUAUCAAGAAAUCUACUAAGUUACAAUCCGCCUUAUUCAACAGUUUGAGAAGUUACUCGACUGCUGAGCCAACUUUAAAGCAAAGAUUGGCUGAAAUUUUGCCAGAAAAGGCAGAAGAAGUCAAGCAAUUAAAGAAGGAAUAUGGUAAGACCGUCAUUGGUGAAGUGUUGUUGGAACAGGCUUAUGGUGGUAUGAGAGGUAUCAAGGGUUUGGUCUGGGAAGGUUCCGUUUUGGACCCAAUUGAAGGAAUUAGAUUCAGAGGUAGAACCAUUCCUGAUAUCCAAAGUGAGUUACCAAAGGCUCCAGGUGGAAAUGAACCUUUACCAGAAGCUUUGUUCUGGUUGUUGCUUACCGGUGAAGUUCCAACUGUCGAACAAACCAAGAAAUUCUCCGAAGAAUUGGCUGCUAGAUCCGCUUUGCCAAAGCACGUUGAAGAAUUGAUCGACAGAUCUCCUUCUAACUUGCACCCAAUGGCCCAAUUCUCCAUUGCUGUCACCGCUUUAGAAUCGGAAUCCCAAUUCGCUAAGGCUUACGCUCAAGGUGUCCACAAAUCCAAAUACUGGGAAUACACCUACGAAGAUUCGAUCGAAUUAUUGGCUAAGUUGCCAAAUAUUGCUGCUAGAAUCUAUAGAAACGUUUUCCAUGACGGUAAGUUGGGUAAAAUCGAUUCUUCUUUGGAUUACUCCGCCAACUUGUCUAACUUGUUAGGUUUUGGUGAAAACAAGGAAUUUGUUGAAUUGAUGAGAUUAUACUUGACUAUCCACUCCGAUCACGAAGGUGGUAACGUUUCAGCCCACACCACACACUUGGUUGGAUCUGCUUUGUCUUCUCCAUUCUUGUCUUUGGCUGCUGGUCUUAACGGUUUGGCUGGUCCAUUACAUGGUAGAGCCAAUCAAGAAGUGUUGGAAUGGUUGUUCAAGAUGAGAGAAGAAUUGAACGGUGAUUACUCCAAGGAAAACAUUGAGAAAUACUUAUGGGAAACUCUUAACGCCGGUAGAGUGGUUCCAGGUUACGGUCACGCUGUCUUGAGAAAGACCGACCCAAGAUACACUGCCCAAAGAGAAUUUGCUCUUAAGCACAUGCCAGACUAUGAAUUAUUCAAGUUGGUGUCUAACAUCUAUGAAGUUGCUCCAGGUGUUUUGACCAAGCACGGAAAGACCAAGAACCCAUGGCCAAAUGUGGACUCUCACUCCGGUGUGUUGUUGCAAUACUAUGGAUUAACCGAAGAAUCCUUCUACACCGUUUUGUUUGGUGUUUCCAGAGCCUUUGGUGUAUUGCCUCAAUUGAUCUUGGACAGAGGUAUUGGUUUGCCAAUUGAACGUCCAAAGUCUUUCUCUACCGAAAAAUACAUUGAAAUGGUUAAAAACAUCGCUUAAGUCAUUUAAAAGUUGCCAUUCAUUUUAUAUUCGGAAAUGUCUAUAUAGUUAUUUAUUUUUUAUUUAUUGUGGUAAAUGUCAAGCUUGUACAAUUUUCAGUU